UUUAAUGUAAACAGCUUCUUCUAGUGACUGUGUGGGAGUGUUGUGCACUACUCUUAAUCUUAACUGGGAUUCGUUUAAUUUUCACUCCAUUGCUGUUCAUUGCGCCUCUGUGACUAUCCCUGCGUCCCGAGCCUUUAUAUUUUGGCGUGCUCUUCUCUUUUCACGUGUGUAGCUGGGGUUGGGAUGUCUGCAGCUGAAUGGUACGCACAUAAAUCCCUCGGAGAUGGGGUGUUCUGGAUCCAGGAGAGGUUUUAUGAGUCUGGGAACCGAGCCAACAUCUGGCUCGUCCGCGGGUCGCACCAGGACGUGGUGAUCGACACUGGGUUGGGUCUGAGGAGUCUACCGGAGUACCUGCAAGCAAAGGGGCUGCUUGGGGACGCGUCAGAGUCCGGCCGCAAGAACCCGCUGUUGGCCAUCGGCACCCAUGUCCAUUUUGACCACUCGGGCGGCUUGCAUCAGUUUCGGCAAGUGGCGGUGCACGAGGCGGAGGCAGAUGCUUUGGCAAACGGGGAUAACUUCGAGACGGUGACUUGGCUGUAUGACAGCGAGAUUGUGAGGGCUCCGACCCCCGGGUGGAGGGCCAGCCAGUACCGAGUACAAGCGGUAAAACCAACGCAUAUACUGCAGGAAGGUGAUGUAAUAAACCUUGGAGAUAAACAGUUGACUGUAAUGCACAUGCCUGGCCACUCCAGAGGAAGCAUCUGCCUUCAUGACAAAGAGCACAAGAUGCUUUUCAGUGGGGAUGUUGCCUACGAUGGGUCAAUGAUCGACUGGCUCCCAUACAGCAGGAUCAGUGACUAUGUCAACACCUGCGAACGCCUGCUUGAACUUGUUGAUGGAGGUCAUGUGGAAAGGGUGCUGCCGGGCCAUUUUAACACAUUUGGGGCGGAAAGGCUGUUCAGAAUAGCCUCCAAUUACAUUUCGAAUGCUGGCGCUUGCCAUAGUUUUUCCUCAUGUGCGUUGAAGUCUGUUGCAAAUCUAGCUCUCCGUGCGUCAAAUUCCAGAAGAAGCGCAACUUGAUGCCAAGGUUUAGCAAAAAGGGAUACUGGUUAUGUUAUGUUGUGUUAUGUCCAACUUGUCAACUUUUGAAACUUCAGUAGGCUAAAUAUUGCUCAGUAUUGUAAAGUCAUAAGUUACCUGCACCAAAUUACAAAGCGUGCAUAAAAAGAUUACAUACAAAUCUUGUGGGUGUUUUUUUUUUUUUUUAAUUAUACAAUAAAAAAAACAAAAAGGUUUGAGUCAUGCAUGGUGCCAGCAGGCAUCAUGAGAGCUUCCCCUCAGUGCUCUGUGAGCACACUUCAAUUCUCACCUGGACACCCUUUGACGUUAACCAGACACUGACAAAUUGUGUGGUGGCUUUGUGAACCCAGGCCACCAGGGAUGAAAAUCACGAAAGGCUAGUGAACCAGCAUGGUUUUCAAAUGAGGCAAAUAGGAGCUGGUUGCAGAAAGACCUUGCAAUCUUGAUUCAGUAUACGAGGUCACUGCAGGUGCAUUUUCAAAAGAUACUCAGAAACUGUUGAAGUUUUAAUUAAUCUUACACACCUUAAUCAGUUUGCAAUCCUAUUUGCUUGGCACCAUCUCAAAGUUUCACAAAGUAAUAUUUGAGAGGAAAUCAUCAGUUGGAACCAAUUCACAGUUUAGGGACAGUAUUUAAUUCCCUUACUAACAUUGAUGCCGUUUCUCAAGUUUGGAAUACAGUGCUUGAAUUUUACUUAAAAAUCUGUUAAAGACAAUUAAAGAGGCAGGGCUGGGGCUGACCUAACUUUUCCCAGAAGUAACCUAUAAAACAGACACAAUGGGGGAUAUACUGUAUUUUCAACUUGGAGACUUUGAAUGAUAUUCUUUUUUGUUAUAGUUUUGUAUAGGUGGUUUAUUUUGAAAAUACAAUAAUAGGCUAUGUUUGAGCUGAAAUAUCUCUC